AAUUCCAGGGAGAAUGAAGAUGACAUUGCAGCAUUUCCAGUUGUUAAAGAAUCUGGUGACAAACUUAUUGAGUCAGGAAUCAACACAUUACAAAAAACACUUCUUCUUAAAAAAGAGGUUGAAGUUGAUAAGGUCAAUGCACAGCUUGAAGCUAAACGCUAUGAGUUCAAACAACGCAUGGAAAUGUGUACACAGCGUCAAAUUCAGUUACAGAAAAAACAGCAAGAGGUAUUUAAUACAAAUAAUUUUUUCAUUGAUCAGUGUGACAAGAUAAACAGCACACAAUCAAUAAUACAUAUUCUUGUGCUUCUUUGCCUUUUCUACUACCUACCAGUGGAGCAUAGACCAUUAAAAAUUGCUUUCCUAGCCUCCCAGUCUUUAGCAAUCUUUUCUAACACUUUCCAUUCUUUAUCACAUCUUUUGGAACAUCUCUUUGCCAGGUUUUUUUGGGUCUUCCUCAUCCUCUUGAUCCAUGAGGAAUCCGUGUCAGUGCUUUUUAUAUUAAGCAUGAGUUUUCUAGAUGUGACCUGUCCAUCUCCAUCUUCUUUCCUGGAUUUCUUGCUCCACUUGGAUUUGUGCUGCCAUUGUGUUUGAGAUUUUGUGGAACCACUUGAUAUUGAGGAUUUUCCUCAAGCAUAAUGCACGAAGGUUGCAGUCUCUUUUCAAUCUUUCCUGGUUGAUCUCCAGCUUUCUGAGCCAUUAAAUGUAACUUACCUAACAUAUGAGUUAAAAAUUCUAAUUUUUGUCUUUAUCUUUAUUUGCGUAUAUUCCCCAAUUUUUUAAAAUAAGAUAAUAUAGAUUACACCUACAAAAAUCACACAUCUCUGUACUGGAAUGAGAAAGAAUGAGAAUACUGUGGGUCUAUGGUAUUUGUAAACUAUUUAUAAAUUGUUCUGUUCAUGUAAGUCUAUCGAAAUUCCUUUAACUUAUACUCAAUGUUUUAGUCAGAGUAUGAUUCACUUACUCUUUCUUUAGAUAUAUUACAGGGGAAUGAUAAUAUAUAAGAUCAACAGAUGUAAGUUUAAAGCAUCAAUAAACCUUAUGUUAAUAUUUUUACUGUUAAAUCUAAAUGAUUUUCUCACAAGCAGUCAUAAAGUAUCUUCAGUAUGGUCUUAUAUCAUAUUACAUCAAAAAGCAGAGCUGUUUUGAAAAAUCUCUUUCAGAUCCUCUAUUACACUGCAUUUAUUUCUACAUGUUCAUAAUUUCUAUCCAAAAUUAUUAUGGAGAUAUGUGCCAGAUGAAAAGUUAUUCUUUAAAAAACAAAUGAUCAAAUGACUAAAAAUUCAUAGUUAAAUCAAGUUUUUAAAAGAUUAAAGCAGGGUUUCCCAGCUUUGGGUGCUAGCUCUGUAAGGGGUGCGACAUAGAAACAUUUUAUUUAUAUAAUAAGUCACAAGUUUAUUUUCCAAGUUCUUAAGUUAGAUUUCAAUAAUUUAAAAAUUUUAAAAUGCUUCGUUACUUUUGUAGGGGGUGCAAGACUUAGUUAAACAACUCAUAUGGGAUGUGGAAUAUAGACAAAGUUGGGAAACACUGAUUAUUGAAAUGUUGCUAUUGUCAGGGAUGUUGAGAGUUGACUGAAUGUGGAUUUUGAUACUUUAUCUGCAACAAUAAUAGAAAUAUUUUAAAACUAUUAAAAUUGCUUAUCUCAUUUUUUCAGUAUAAUCUUUAAUUUAUUUUAUGGUUAUAGAUGAAAGACAGAGUAGCUAAAUUUGAAAAGUUCAUACAAGAGAAUGAAGCAAAAAGACGCAGGGCAAUCCAGAAAUAUCAACAGGAAGUCAGAUUGAAAGAGCAGAAGACCAUCGAAUUCUCAUCUUUACAAGAUCAGUUAGAAUAUUUUAAGAACAGGUCGAUAUCUUCUAACUGUUUAAUGUUCAAAUUGUUGGUUAAUAAGAAUAUAUAAAACUGAAACAUGAAAAGUCUCAUCUAUGCUGCAUCAUUUUAAGAAAAAUAUAAAUUUUUAUUAAUGAAACUUUACUGUAGAGCAUAAUGAAUGUCAUAUUAGAAAAUAUUUUUUUUUGGUGGUGGUUGGGGGGGGGGGGGUUGGUUAAAAUGUGUGUUGAAAAGCUCUCAUUUUGUGUUUUAUUCAUUAGUGUAUGUAAAUAUAAUAUUUCUUUUUUUUUUUAUUCUCUUGAUCAGACAUAAAAUGCUUGAAGCGAAAUUAAAAGCUUAUACAGUUUAUGAAAAGUACCUUAGAAGUGUUGUUGAUGCAAUGCCAGAAGGUAUGGCAGGCUUUUUAAAAUUUAAUUGCUUACCCUUUUUUUUCCUUAACUGGUCGCUAUUUGUAGUAAUAAAGAAUUUAUGUUUCAUUUAAAUGAGAUUAUAUUAAAUUUGUCAUAAAAUUUUUCCAACAUUCAAUACCUUUUUUCAAUUGAAGAUUUUAGUAUAUCCAAAGACAAAACCCACAAAGAUAAUGCACACAAAAAUAAAGCACACUAGCAACAUUUCUGUAUACUAAAUUUUAACCAAAAUUUUUAGGUUUAAAUUUAUAAUUAAUCUUAACUUUAUCAAGUUAAUGUAGUUUAUACCUUCUUAAAACAGAUUAUCUCCCAUCAACGGAGGACAAGGUUAAAGGAUUAAUGAUGCGGCAUCGAACAUUGAGUGAGUCCAACAAAGGCUUAGUUGACAAUCUAGAGACAAUAGCAGAUGAGGUAAUUUCUUUGAUGCUCUUUCUUAAAACUCUGCUCUGUGUCCACUUGUUAUGUCCCUUUCAUUUUGUUAUAGUAAUUCAAAAGAAAAAGAAAACUUUAGGUUUUCUUCCUUUAAUCAAAGAAGAGCCUGAACUUUCAGAUUUAAUGUUAACUAAAUUUUUUUGACAAAAAUAAAAUUAAAAAAUUGAAAUAAAAAAAAAAUUAAUAAAGGUUGAAAUCAUUAUGGAAAACUGCAUACAAUAUAAUAGUAUUAUUUUAUUAUUAAUGCAAAAUAUGUUUUCAGUACUCAGAGGGCCAUGUAGUUUUCUGUAAAUUCUUAAAGAAUUUGUUUAUUUCCUAAACUUAUUUAGAAUGGCAUAUUUUAUUAUAAUGAGAUCAUAUUUUUUUUUCAUUGCCUUAUAAAAACAGGAUUAAACUUAAAAAUAUGUAUGCUCUCCUGUUACUAUAUCGUAUAAUUAUAAUUUCAUUUGAUUCUUACACCAGUUGGAAGUCUGCAGAAAAGAACUAGAAACUCUUAAACAAGAGCACCAGAAAAGUCGCCUGUCAAAUACAUCCAUGUUAUCUCACCUGGUGGAAAAACAAGAAGUAAUUCAAGGUAGCAAUGACCAAAAAGAACUGAAAUUUAUAAUGACCAGUGAGGACAUGAGAUCCAAGGUAUAACUAUUUGUGUACUUCAGGGAAGCUAAAUAAUAAUAAUCAAGAUUAGCUUUAUAUAAUAAUGGUUCAAAAAAUUUUUUUUUAAAAAUUAGAAAUUAGUUAUGCUCAAGAUAUGGGAAAGCAUCAAAUAAAGAAAAAAACCAAUGCAUUAGAGUUUUUGUCUGAAAGCCAUUUUUGGUGGAAUAGAACAAAUACAAAAAUGAGAAAAAUAAGAUUUUUUUUAACGAUUUUUUUUUUUAUCUUGAGGGUACUCUUGGUUUAAUAAAGAAGGAGCUUUACAAAAAUUCUUGAUGAACUUGAAAUCAUUUGUUGCUUUUAAGAAAAUACUCAGUUUUAAAACAUGGCAUGUAAAGGCAUAUAUUUUUAUUUUUCUCUUUCUUUGACCCCAGAGAACAGAGGCUGGUAUCAUAUUCAUGGCUAUAGACAACAUCUAUGAAAAAUGUAGGAAACCGACUGACCCUCCACUUGGUAAGGGAGAAUGGGACCAGAAACUUAACAAAAUCAGGG